GUAACAGUAGUAAUCUGUUACGACAAUUAUUGAUAAUUAAUAUACAUAUAUAUAAGUGGUGAAUGACUGCUGUUAUAUAUAAGUACCGCAAUGUAUCAUAUUACUGCUCAAGUUCAGAAACAGGAAGUAACGGCGAGGGGUACAUAACCAUCAGUGAGUCACGUGACCAAAUAAGUUCCCAAUCAAGGUUGGUUUUCAGCUGCAGUAGCACCAGAUUGAGUUCGCUAGACAAAUGUCUGGACUCGUUUUCACGGAAAGGAGUCCAAACUUGGAUCAGAACAUACUCAAACAAUGGCCAUUUAGUACUAAAGGAUCCCAAAGGAGGGCUGCUACGGAUAAAAUGGCAGUUUCGCAACAACGACUACCGUAUACUCUCCGCCUGUUGAUGCGAGCCGGCGUUGUGGUUUGCGGGGUAGUGCUCUUUUCGCUAUGUAUGACAUCCCUGCGAGUUUCGGAGAGUCAGGAAACGCAACCCAAAAAGACUCAUACCGCUCUCCACCGACCCGUAUCGCAAGCAUGUACUGGAACGAGAUGUUUUUCUCAAUUUUCAAGGGAUGAACAGUAUGCACAAUACUUUAUUCCCAGAACAGAAAAAGUGAAUCCCUUUUCAUUUAGAUAUAUUGUUCCCGGUUCGUCAAUUUGCUCAGGAGAAAGCUCAGUGUAUUUGGUCAUCCUCAUUCCAUCUAUACAAACACACGUGGAGGAACGUCGAGCCAUACGUAAUUCAUGGGGAAGUGUUGCUAAGGGAAACCACUGGCCUCGAUAUCAUAUCAACGUCACCACAAAACUCGUGUUCCUAUUUGGUGAGGAUCCCGCCAUGAAAAACAACAGAGUUGCACAGUUGGAAAGUGAAGUGUAUGGCGAUGUUGUACAGGCUGAUUUUAGUGAUACGUAUUCAAACUUGACUCGGAAGAUGUUGAUGGGUCUACACUGGGUAUCGACGCAUUGUGCCGACGCCCAAUACGUGUUGAAGGCGGACGAGGAUACCUUCGUACACAUCCCCAAACUAUUGGACGUCUUGGCACAAACCCGACACCCGGCCUACCAGGGUGUCGUACUGGGGCACGUGAACACCGGUGGCAUUGUUAAACGUAUAGGGAGAUGGAAGGUGGAGAACAAAGACUACCCAUUCCCACAUUACCCACCAUACACUGCCGGUAACACAUAUGUCAUUUCCGCCAACGUCGCAGCGACCUUAUUUAGAACGUCACACUUUAUGCCGUAUAUCCCCAUUGAGGACGCAUACAUUACGGGUAUCCUGGCUAAGGUGAUCAGUGCCGAGGUGGUCGACGUGCCUGGGUUCACGUUUUACCUAGACAGCCCCCCACACGCGUGUGAUUACAUUCAGAAUAGUCGUAUAUCCUCAACUAAAGUAAGUUCUCAUAUGAAGAACUACAUAUGGGAAAAACUAGUAUCAGAUACACUAAAUUGUCAGAAAAAACACACGUACACGUAGUUAGAAGACAUACUGACAGCGAGGAACCAUUAACGGAGAGAGAGGACAUAUUGCCAAAUGUACAAUGGUAUUCAUGGCAUGCUGAAACUGAUCUGACGAAUUUAUAUU